GACCUUAUGGCUGGUGUCACACGUGCCGAGGCGUUUUUUUCCUUCAAUUCCGGUGACGUGCAAUACGGCAUUGAGGCGGAUCGACGCUCCAAGAUUUUAAAAGCUUACGUACGUAAUACAUAUACGUAUCAUCUGAAUGAGAUAUUCGCAACAAUUGUAAAUGAGUACACAGAUUGGGAAAGACCAGUACAGCAUCCGAUUAAUAUAAGAGAUGAAACUUUAGAAGCACUAAGUGAUGCGCAAGUUGUGGCACCUGCUGCACAAACUGUCGAUUUACAUUCUGCAGAUCAUCGAAAUUCUUAUUUAUAUGUAUUUGAUUACCAAACUCGAUAUGGUGACUAUCCACAGCGUCAAGGUUGUAUACAUGGAGAGGAUUUACCAUAUAUCUUUGGUGCGCCACUAGUUGGUGGCUUCAGUCAUUUUGUAAGAAAUUAUACAAAAACCGAAAUAAAUCUUUCUGAAAUUGUGAUGCUGUACUGGUCGAAUUUCGUGCGCACUGGCAAUCCUAACGAACAAAUGGAAAUUGAACAUAAUAGCCGACAGGAGCGCAGUCGUUACAAGACCAUCGACUGGACUGCGUACGAAAGUGUGCACAAAAAAUAUUUAAAUUUUGAUACCAAACCCAAAUUAAAAAAUCAUUACCGUGCACACCGUCUAUCGUUUUGGUUGAAUCUCAUCCCCGACCUGCACAAGCCGGGUGGUGACAAUGUGCCCGCCUCACAUCAUCAGUUACACGAUGACGAUGAAAUGGAUAACAACAUUGCCAGCGAUGCAACUAUAAAACCACUGAAUCCGCCCUACUCACCAGGUGCCGGGAAUGCUGCUCUCGGCAAUUUCACCAUUUUCACGAAUCAAGUAUUUUCAUUAUUAAAUCUUUCGUCACCAUCCUCUUCACUGCAUCGCAAUUCAACUCGCUAUCCGGGCGGAAAAUUGUAUCCCGACGAUAUUACUGAUGCCGACAUGCAUGGCAGCACAAGCGCUUCACAAGACUCAGAUGGGUUUGCCGCUUAUUCCACAGCGUUAAGUGUAACCAUAGCCAUCGGCUGCAGUUUACUCAUACUGAACGUGUUGAUUUUUGCUGGUGUUUACUAUCAACGCGAUAAAACACGCCUCAGUGAACCACGCACCCAAACCAAAAUGAAACGUCAGGAAAACGGUCAAAUGCCCAACAAUAUUUGUGGUGACUUGGAAACGUUAACGAUACAUGCGAAAAGUGAUCCCGCGACUAUACUUUCCCAUCAUCAUGCUCUUCAGCAUCAUCAGCUGCCACCGCCUGAAUUCGCAGAUAUACCACAUCGUGCACCGCCGCCGCCAAAGCACAUGAAGUCUAUGCAAGAAGCACCAGUAGUGGGCAGCACCGGUGGUAGUGUUGUUGGUCUUAUGCCACCGCCGCAUGCGCUGCAAGUCAUGGGCAAUCAAUGUGGUACGCUAACCAAAAAAAGUUGCAUGAAACAAACGCAACAACAGCAGCAGCAGCAACAGCAACAACAACAUGUCAUAACGCAUCAACAACACAUGCCCAAUCAUCACACACAGAGUAUGACAACCACUUUAACUGGUACUAGCAUUGGCGCUGGACCGCCAAUAACUACACUGGCUACAGUGCAACAACAGCAACAGCAGUCUCAGCAACAACAACAGGUUCAGCAACAUCCUUUGAUGGAUGAGCUGCGUGUGUGACAUUAAUUAAGCGUGCGUUUUAAAUGUGAUCUCUAAUUUUUUUCAGUGUGUUUACAGUACGUAUGUGUAUGUGUGAGUGUUUUUAUGUAUGUAUGUGAGUGGGAACUAUGUUAAUUAAUUGAAAUAGACAUUUAUGAGGGAAUUAUUUGGAAUCUUCUAAGAGAUUACAUUGCAUAGCGUGCGUUCUAGAAAAUAAACUACAAUAACGUAAUAACAGCACAGAAACUGAGUUUAUAUGAAAAUAGUUAAAUACUAAUUGCCCAUAUAUACUAUGUACAAUUCAUUCCAAAAUGCAUAAAACUAUAGUAUGCAUUCAUAUAUAUAUAAUGAUAUAUAAGCUAUCUAUAGACUUGUAGUCUAAGACAAUAUAGGUUUACUUUAAAGACAGUGUUCGAAAUUGUAGUAGGAAAAUUCAUUUUGUAUUUUAAUGGCAAACUGAUAUAAACGAUUCUAUACAUGUGUGUGUUACUAAGCGUGUAAAUGUGUUUAUGUAUGUGUAGGUAAUAUUGUACAUUUAUUAAAUAAUUUUUAUAUUUCUAGAAUCGUUAAGUUUAACAAAUUCUAUUAGGACCAAUUAAAGUUAAUUUGUGAGUUAAUUAUCAACAUUUAAUUUAUGAAAUUUAAAUAAUA